UUAUUUAUUUAUUGUCUUGGGAAAAAGAAAAAAAAAAUCCACGAGGGAAAAAAAUUAUUUUUAUUUUUAAUUUUUUUUUUUGAAACGAAGAACCAACAACGUCGAGGUCGAAAAGCUUGUAUUUUUUUUUCUGGGAAAAAGGGGGAAAACAAAAACAGCAAAAAAAAAAAAAGAAAAAUUGAGUACACUUCGAUUUGAGGACGUGUUUGCAUGCUUCGAAAUUUUUACAGAGAAAUUGGAGAGAGAAAUUGGUUGAUAAUUUCAUGAAAUUUUGCUGGGAAUUGGUUGUUUGAAAAGGGGGAAAAACAAAAACAAAUUUUAUUUUAUUUCAUUUUCGUUUUACAAGCCCUAAAAAAACCCUAGUUUGGAAAAUUAGGGCAACGGAUUUCAUACUUUGCUUGAUUCUCGUGCCCUAGAGUUUGUAUCUAAGGGUUUCGCGUUGCGCGGGUGUUGUAUUUUGCUCAGAGACCUGACCAAGUUUUAGAGCAAUGGAAGGGGACCAGCUAUAGCUUUCUUGAUAGGAAUGCAUGGAUUUAGUUCUGGAUCUACUUUCCUCGUAAAUGCUGAGGUUGAUUCCAUGGGAGGAGUUGUUGACGGUGGAGUUGGUAUUGGCAACAAACCCUCUCCACGCCGAGCAGCAAUUGCUAAAGCGCAUGCUGAUCUACGACUGGAAUAUGAUGUUCGAGAGGAGAGGAGGAGAGAGCUUGAGUUUCUUGAGAAAGGUGGAAAUCCUCUUGACUUUAAAUUUGGUCAUGCUUCGUCAGUGAGUGUCCAGUCUACUUCACAUACAUAUCAAAACCCAGAUCAGAUUUUGACCAGCGAAGCAAAAGGCAGUUUUGCUCUGACUGCCUCACCUCAUGGAGAUUCUGUUGAUAGUAGUGGGAGACUGGGUAUUACGACAGCCUGUGAACCAAAUAGUGCUGAUAAUUUUGAUGGUGAUAACGAGACUCUUGAAAGCGAAAGGAAGGCUAAACAUCCUACUAGGGCUAGCAUCACUCCUUCAGAGCAUUCUUCUCAACUUGAUGGGAGCCAAAAUGUCAAAGAUUCCGAGGACUCCCCUAUUUUUCAGCCCAAAAAGGGUCAAGCAUAUAAGAGAAGGAAUCGGUCUCGGACAAAUCGUGAUGGCCCUCGAUCAAGUUCAAGUGACAUGGCUACUCGUGGUGGACAUAAUUCCGCUUUGCCUGGUCGACAUGGAUUACUUUCAAAACCAGUUGUUCCUGAGAAUAAGUUUGUAAUAGAGUCAGAUGGCACACAUGGCUUGCAUUUGUCAACAACCUCUAGACCUAUUGAAAUUUCUGAAGGUAAGUUAAAUAUGUCAACUUUAAAGGAUAAACAGGAGGAAUUGGGUACUUCAAGGGUAAAAGCUGAUGAUGUUCCUGCUGCUACUACCUCUGUCAAAACUGAUCUAGCUGCAGUAAAUGAAGAUGUAGUUACUGUAGACGCUGAAGGUCCUCCUGGUUCUGGUACAGAGAAAAAGGAAGUUAUCGCUAGUUCUUCCCAACCAGACGAGUGUGGUAAACUCAAUGGUGAUGGCAAAUCGACACCAAAUGAUGCCCUUAUUUACAAUGCUGCAGUUGCUACUAAAGGAAUAGAUUCUGAGUCUUCGUGCACCCAUACUAGCAUUAGUGUAGAUGGAAAUGGAAACAUUGAGAGUGAUUUGUAUACUAACUUAAAGAAUGUAGAUAGUAAUGGGGCCCCUAAGGAGCACAAGCUACCACUUGGGGAUAAGUCCAUCAGUGUAGAUGAUGAAAUGCUGUAUGAGAAGCAUGUUACCAAUACAGUAGAAACUUCUUGUGUUAAGGAUGUUCAGAAUUCUAUCAGUCACCAAGGCAAUGGCUUUGCUGAUAAGGAUCAAGAAGUUGAGGUAGAUAAAUCUUCUUCUAGAGACAAGCCUGAGUGUCCUAAUAAUAGAGAGGAGUUAGGGGCAAAUGAUCAUGCUGAGACAAAACCCGAUAAAGAGCAUGGUCUCCUUGGUGAUUCUGUUCCCAAAGCAGAGAGCUCUUGUCCUGUGGGACCACUUUCCUCUGUCGAACCUUCUUCCCGUGAGGUGAAUAACAAUGAAUUUUCUGCUCCACCUCCUGCGCCGAAGCCUCAAACUUCAAAUGAUAACCAGCGGAAGCAGUUUGACAAGGCACAUGAGGACAGGGUAUUAGAAGAGGCACGGAUUAUAGAGGCCAAACGUAAAAGAAUAGCAGAGUUAUCUGUUGGUUUGAUGCCAAGGGAGCACAAACGUAAAUCUCAUUGGGACUUUGUUCUUGAAGAGAUGGCUUGGUUAGCAAAUGAUUUUUCACAGGAGCGUGUUUGGAAGAUAACAGCUGCUGCUCAACUUGGCCAUCGGGUAGCCCUUGCUUCUCGGUCAAGAUUGGAGGAACAACACAAGUUUAUGAAGCAGAAAAGUGUGGCCCAUACUUUGGCAAACGCCGUGAUGGAGUUUUGGCAUUCAGCAAGUCUUCGUGCUGAGAAUGGUACCAGUUCUCUUUCAGAAAAAUGUAUGAAUGAUGCUACAUUAAUGGCAGAUGCAAGUGGACAGGCGAAGGAUGAGGCUGGAGCUCCUGAAAAGGAUGAAGCUUCUGAAGAGAAGCUGCAAUCAACUGGAAGUAAACAGGACCUUUCUCUCUAUGGAUAUGCAGUUAGGUUUUUGCAAUACAAUUGCUCUCUAACACCUCUUGUCAAAGUUGAGGAUUCAGGGACUCCGGAUAUUGAAUAUGAUAUGGACAUGGCAGGAGUUUCCUGGCAGGACCAGCUAACUGAGGAAAAUCUCUUUUAUUUGGUUCCUCCGGGUGCAAUAGAGACCUACAGAAAAUCAAUUGAAUCAUGUUUGACAGAGCUUGAGAGGGCGAGCAACAAUGUACAGGAGGAAGUUGAUACAUCCUUUUAUGAUGCUACAGCAGAAUUUGGAUAUCAAGAGAAUGACUAUGAAGAAGAUGAAGGAGAUAAUGUUUACUACCUGCCCGGAGCAUUUGACACUGGGAGACCAUCAAAAAAGAAACGAAAAAAUAUGAAAUCAUAUCCUUCUGCUAGAUCAUAUGAAUUGGGAGGUGAUCUUGCCUAUGGACGCUGUGUGGAUAGCAGAAAUGGAACCCCUCAGUCUGCCUUAAUGGGAAAAAGGCCUGCUGACAAAAAUUUUCAUGUUGGUUCUAUUCCCACGAAAAGGGUACGAACUGCUUCUAGGCCGAGGGUUGUGGGUCCUUUUGGUGCAGGGUCCACUGGUGUUGCUCCAGCACCAAGUAGGGCAGAUGCUUCUAGUGGAGAUACUAAUUCUUACCAGGAUGACAUGAGCACUCUGCAUGGUGGGUCCAUUGUCCCAAGGGGCUCAGAGGUUGAUUCUGCUAUGGACUUUGAGAAUCAAUCUACAUUUGAUUCUGCAGAAAUUUCGGCAAAGCCCAAGAAGAAGAAGAAAAUUAAGCAUCCGGGUGUGGCAUAUGACUCUAGGUGGCAGGUUGAUUCUUCUUUCCAAAAUGAGCAGAAAGAUCACUCAAGGAAGAGGUUGGACUGCCACCAGCCUGAAUCCAAUGGGAAUAGUGGCCUGUUUGGUCACCAUGCUAAGAAGCCAAAGACAUUGAAGCAGUCGUUGGAUAAUUCUUUUGAUAACACAAUGCCCAUGAGUGGGUCAGUUGCUUCACCAGUUGCUUCUCAAAUGAGUAACAUGUCAAGCCAGAGUAAAAUCAUUAAAUUGAUUGGAGGUCGAGAUAGGAGUAGGAAAGCGAAAGGGCUUAAGGUGCCUGCUGUGCAGCCUGGCUCUGGAAGCCCAUGGUCUUCUUUUGAAGAUCAGGCACUUAUUGUGCUUGUUCAUGAUAUGGGUCCAAAUUGGGAGCUUGUAAGUGAUGCUAUUAACAGUACAUUGCGAUUCAAGUGCAUUUUCCGCAAACCUGAAGAGUGUAAGGAGCAGCACAAAAAUUUGAUGGAAAGGACUCCUGGUGAUGGUGCUGAUAGUGCUGAAGAUUCAGGAUCUUCUGCACCAUAUCCUUCUACGUUACCUGGGAUACCAAAGGGCAGUGCGAGACAAUUGUUUCAGCAACUGCAAAGACCGAUGGAGGAGGAUACUAUCAAGUCCCAUUUUGAGAAGAUUAUUCAUAUUGGGCAGCAGUUGCAUUACCGGAAAAAGAAGAAUGAUAAUUCAGACCUGAAGCAAAUAACUCCUGUUCAUGGUUCACAUGUUGGUGCACUUUCCCAAGUCAUGCCGAACAAUUUGAAUGGGGUGAUUCUGACGCCACUUGAUCUGUGUGAUAUUGCUGCAUCCAACCAAGAUACAAUUCCUCUUGGGUUUCAAGGUUCGCAUGCUGGAGGGUUGACAUUGCCAAAUCAAGGUGCUAGUCCGUCAAUGCACCCAUCUAGCGGUCUCUAUACCUCAAUCUCAGGUCUUCCAGGUUCUCCUAGCAUGGGCAUUAAUAACAAUAUGGCAUCUCAAACUCAGUUUUCCAACUCUCGGGAUGCUAGAUACCCAGUCCCUAGGUCUACAGCUAUGCCUAUUGAGGAGCAGCAAAGACUCCAGCAAUACAAUCAUAUGCUGCCUGGAAGAAAUGUUCAGCCGUCAAACUUGUCGUCUGGGUCUCUUUCAGGAUCAGAUCGUGGUGUGCGUAUACUUCCUGGUGGAAAUGGUGUUGGUAUGGGAGCUGGAAUGAGCCGAAGUAUGCCAAUGUCAAGACCAGGAAUUCAGGGGAUUUCAUCUUCAUCAAUGCAUAAUACUGGAAGUAUGCUUAACUCCAACAUGGGAGGGAUGCCUAGCAACAUGAAUGUGCACUCUGGAACAACUUCUGGUCAAGGAAACUCAAUGUUUAGACCUCGUGAUUCAUUGCACAUGGUGCGGCCUGGGCAGAAUGCAGAGCAUCAGCGGCAGAUGACAUUGCCAGAAUCUGGGAGCCCAGGUGUCCCUCCUUUUGGUGCUCUGAGUUCUGGGUUCAAUAAUCAGUCUGCUUCUCCACCUCUUCAAGCAUAUGCUGGCCACCAUCAUCAGCAGCAUCUAAUGACGCAGCAACAUUCUCAUGUGCUUGGUACUCCUCAUCUUCCUGGAUCAAAUCACUCUGUCACGCCAGAGCAACAAGCCUUUCUCCGCCUUGCUAGAGACAAGCAAAUCCAGCAUAGAUUGUUGCAACGGCAACAUCAACAGCAACAGCAACAGCAACAGCUUCCUGCGUCCAGUGCAUUGAUGACCCAUGCUCAAACUCCUUCCCAGCUACCUGUAUCAUCUUCUGUUCAGAACUCUUCCCAGCUUCAAUCACCAUCUUCUUCUCAGCCGGUGUCAUUACCUCCUCUGACUUCGUCAUCCCCAAUUACUCAGGUGCCUUCCCAGUCAUCGCUGCAACAAAAGCACCAGGUGGGAAAAGCAACACCUCAAGGGCUUGGGAGGAAUGCGCAAAGUGGCCCAAGUGGAUUAAUGAAUCAAGCGGGAAAACAACGUCAAAGACAAGCUCAACAUAUACAGCAGCAGUAUCUGCAAUCUGGCAGGCAACAUCCGCAACAGCGUCAACAAUCACAACCUCAGCCACCAGCUAAACUAUUGAAAGGAAUGGGAAGAAAUAAUGUACUGAUGCAUCAAAAUCUUCCUAUUGACCCGUCUAAUCUGAACGGCCUUACAGCUAACUCAGGAAACCAAGUUGCUGAGAAAGGGGAGCAGGCUGUGCAUUUGAUGCAGCCUCAGGGCUUAUAUCCAGGAUCUGGUCUAAAUACGAUGCAACAACAGAAACCUCUGGCUUCGCCCCAUAGUUCAAAUCAGUUGCAACAUCAAAAACCAUAUGCAAAUUCAGUUUCGGCAGUACCAAAACAAGGCCAAAUACCUUCUCACUUAGAUGGUAGCAAUAAGAGCCAGGUUCCAGUUGUUUCUUCUAAUCCAGCAUCUGGAGGGUCAACCCAAGGACUUCCCUCAACGAUAAUGCCUUCUCCUAACCAUCAACCGUUACAAGGACAGUCACAGCCUCCCCUUAAGGUGGUUAGUCAAUCUCAGCCUGCUCUUCAGAGGGCAGUUCAUCAAAAUCGUCAAGUGAAUUCUGAUUCUUUGACCAAGUCGCAACCUGAUCAUGCCCCUUUGGAGCAGCAGUAUGCGAAUAAUACUUCAACUGCAGGGGUUCAACCAGCAUGUGCUGAUUCUACUAGUGCUGUGCCUCCACCAUCUUCUGCCGGCACUGCUGUGUGUAAACAAGCUCUGGAAUCUCUAAGCACUCCAACUUUAACUAAUCCACCCACAGCAUCAGGUCCUUUAAGUAGUCCUGCUAUUACAACUUCAUCGGAUAAUGAAACUUUGCCGUCAGUUAACGAUGGUCUGGGGCAGAGGCAACUAUCAGGUAACUUGGCAGUUCAUGGGCACGGGGUACAAUUUCAGCACCAACAAUCACAGGUACAACAUCCAUCACCACUUCAACCCAUAUUAUCGCAAAAGCAGUCACAGCAUCAGCUGCAGCAACUUGAAAAAUCCCCCCAGAGAGCACCCCAAUCGCAGGCUCAGUCACAGAUUCAAGCUGGGCAAAGUGGUGUUUUUGCAAGGACCCCUAAUUCGAGAUUGGAAUGAUCCUCCCCAUUUAUUGAGUGCCAGUCUCGGCACGCUUGUACCUGCCAAGAUCAAGUCGGCAUGCUCUUGUAACAGCAAUGUACAGAUGAAGCUGUAAAUCUGCAAGGGCACUACAGGAAAAGGUAUAUGGGAUGAUGAUCGUAACUUUCAUGUUACUGACUUGACAAGUUUAGGCAGGCUUUUUUUGGGUUUAUAAUGUAUAUUACCACUGCUUAGAGCUUUGUAAGAUAGAGAUUAUAGAGGUGUGUAUGUACAGGAUCUCAUCUCUCUAUCUUGUUAACCACCCUUUUUUUAAAAUCCUUUUCCUUUUCCCCUCCCCAAACUUUGGGUUUUGCGCUCAUCAAUAUGGGGUCUUAUUCCUUUCCACCCCCAAUAGUUAGUCCAUGUAUUAUUUUGAUUAGAGUUAAGGGGGGAAGCUUCAUUGUUACAGGCAAAUGCCUUUGAAAAUUUUGUGAAUAUAGCUUCGUAGUGUAUAAUGAUUUUUGUAAUCAUUCUCUUGAUCACCUUUUGUUCUCUUGCUCUAAUUGUAACUUUUUUCAUAGUAAUGUUAGUAUGUAUUCCUUGUUUGUAAGCUGAUUUUACGAGAAUUCUGCAAAUGUUAGUUUAAACAUUUGCUCUCCUUGGUUAAAAAAAUUUGAAUGAUGUGCUGCGGUUCAAUAGCUUUGAA